AUGGUGGUGUCUUCCAGGAACAACGGCUUCGCAAAAGCUUCUGAGGGCUCAUUAGGCUCGUUCCUCACGGUGCCGCUCGACAAGAGUCUACUCUGGACAGGUUUGCCACCGUUUCUGGUGGCGUUCUUCGCAAUGUGGUACGGCGAAACACUUGCUGCUGCGGCCGACCGGCAGCCAUACGUCGAUCUGAAUCAUGAUGUCGGAUCGGCACACGAUGUCCGGCGCACAAUUUUGUUGGAGUAUUCUGGAUACCAUGCGUUGUACAAUUGGUGGGUCGCGUUGCGCAACAGACACUACCACCUCAGUAUGGCCAUGCUGGCGCAACUGACUGCCAAUUUGAUCCUCGCCCCACUUGUGUCCAAUGUCUUCGCCGCCAAGCCAACGUGGAUCGAUGUACAUCUUAUCAGCCCGGAUGGUAUGAAUCUUUCGGCUUUGCUGAAUGCCGAUCUCCAGCCUGCGCUGGAUCUGACGAGUGCCAUGCUAGCCUACGGUGCGGCUCCUCCCAUUUGGAUGCAGAGUAACGCCAGCGUAGAGCCGGUCUACAUUCAGCCUAGCUCUCAGACUGGAGAAGUCAACUUUACAGGGCUUGUCACGGCUGCUGAACCAAGAUGUCAGAUCAUCGAUUCCACAGCGCUCGAGAUCAUAGCAUACAACAGCAGUGCCUUCGGCUUUGGUUCGGUCGGAGUCAGUUUCGAGGAUCGAGGGUGUAGUAAUAUCCGUUUCGAGUACCCAACAGAACCCAAUCGCAGGAUCUACUCGAGGACGUGGUCCCAGACCUGCGGAGGUGACGAAGAUCCACAAGACCGUGUUGGCAUUUUCGCCGCCGCUUACUCGCCCGACAGCGAGUAUUUUCUAAGUGACGUGACAGUCAUCUCGUGCUGGCCAAAAUACUGGAAUACCAGUACUAAAAUGACUGUGGCCUUUGACGCGAUCGGCCCUCGCGAGCUCAAGGGCAUCGACAAGGCAAUCGCCACGUCGGGCCCUUUCACGAGUCUGUACUUGCGCUCCCUUCAUACAAGUCUGGAACACUAUGCAACAAUGUCCGCGAUUGGGGUUGACCUUGAUGCGGAUAGCUUCGGUAAUAUCGUGCAUGCGUACGCCCAAAGACUCUCGCCCGGGACAGACGUUGACCCGACGGCGUACCUCAACGCCACGAUUAGAGCCUACAGCACCUUCUGGGCCUCCGUGGCAUCGACCCAACUGCUGAAGCCUCUAAAUCCGCCUCGACUGGCCAGCGGUACACUGACAUUCGCCACAAAUAAGGUUCAUGUUGUGAAACCUAUCGCUGGAAUUCUCUUGGCCCUGCUCUUCUGGAUGACAGCUAGCACCGCCAUCCUCCUCAUACACGUGCUGCACACCUGCUCGAUACUUUUCGAAGAUCCACAUGGACUUCUGGGUCAGGCGCUGCUUCUGCUGAAAAGCGACGUAACGCCCUGUGUUGAGGGCAUCAAGAACGCCAAUCCGACGAAAUUGAAGCUCCUAGAAUACAUCAAGAGCAAGCACGACACAAAGGAAUCGAUGUGCUGGUACGACUGGGAUAGUGGAGCGUCGACUGGUAGGAUCCGCCUGCACGGGCUCGAUAAAGCUGUUUCGCCAAGGCCGACUUGGUGGAGUCGUAUUCGAGCUCGGAUCUGGCCUUCUCGGACAUCUUCAAAGUAA